GGGCGACCCUGACUCAGAGGAGCGCAAGAUGAGCGGCGGCGCGCCGGACUUUCUUCCUCGUCCUUUUGGCUUUUCUUCUCGCCUUUUUCUUCUUCUUCUCGUGUGGCUGUCGGACGCCCGCUGCACCCGAACCGACAGGAGAGGUACGUCGAGCCGCUCCGCCGUCCGCACGCGAGGUGACGACGUCCCAAGCGAGACAUUUGAGAAUAUGAGAAAAGCCGCCGGUCGUCACGCCGUCCGAUUGGGUUCGGGUUCAAAACUUUGAUCGCAAAAGAUCAUCGGCGACUUUCCCCCGAUCCGAAGUCGACAGAGGCGAACUUGAGGAAGGGACGCUCUCGUCUCUAAAUGUGUGUUCAUGUGAGACUCUCCAGUAACGACCCGGACGACCUCGCGUCGCUUUGUUUGUUUUGAUGUUUGCCUCGUGCGUGCGUGGGGUUCCAGGGGCACGGUAACCGCGGCAACACAUCCAAAGUAUCAUUUGGUGGCGCGCAGGUGCGUCAACACUUAGUAGGAAUUUUGGGCUCGGGAAUUCCGGGAAUGCGUCGUCGGGAUUAAACCUGUUUGAGUCCGCGGCGAGGUCAUGAUGUCAACGCUGAAAUGAAAGGUUACACAAGGUCACGCAGGAAGUUGGACGCCAACGCCAAGAAGGCGGCAAAAUGGCCACAACGGAAAAAAACAAAUGGCCGAAGCCGAACACGUCCCGCCCCGGGCCCAUCGGCAAACGUCGCCAUUUUUACGGUCCAAUUCCUGGAUGCGGCCUUGCGCCGUAGCCGCUUUGUUGCCGGCGGAAGCCAUCGCGGCAGCGGCGUUGGAGAAGUGAAACUGCGCAGUCGCCAUAUUUUGUGUCAGGGGAUGAGCAACCAGCUGACGUUGUUGGGCACCCGCGAGAAUCACUACGACAACAUGGUCCGGAUGUACAGCAACUGCUCGGUGGUUGUGGACAACCUGGAGGUGACGUACACUCUGGAGCACCAGAACCUCUCCUUUCUGGAGUCCAUCCAGGAAGUGGGCGGCUACGUGCUGGUGGCCAUGAACGGGGCCCGCAGCGUCCCGCUCGGCAACCUGAAGCUGAUCCGAGGUCAGAACCUGUACGAGGGCAAGUACGCCCUGCUGGUCAUGUCCAACUACAUGCGCAACCACUCGGCGGCCGCGCUCAACUACACGGGCGGACUCAGACAGCUGCGGCUCAGCAACUUGACCGAGAUUCUUCGAGGAGGAGUGAAGGUGACGCGGAACCCUCUGCUGUGCAACGUGGACUCCAUCCAGUGGUGGGACAUCGUGGACAAAAGCAGCCAGCCCGCCGUGCUCUUGGCGACGGACGACUUCGCGGGCAAAUGCGAGCCCUGCCACCCGGCGUGCGUCAACGGCUCGUGCUGGGCGGCCGGACCCCAACAAUGCCAGAAAUUCACCAAGCGGUCCUGCGCCCAGCAGUGCAGUCGGCGGUGCCGCGGCCCCGAACCCGCCGACUGCUGCAACGAGCACUGCGCGGCGGGCUGCACCGGCCCGCGCGCCACCGACUGCCUGGCGUGCCGGCUGUUCAACGACGACGGCACCUGCAAAGACGCUUGUCCUCCCGAGAAGCUCUACGACCUCAAGACCCAUCAAGUCAUCAGCAACCCCAACGCCAAGUUCACCUACGGGGCCACCUGCGUCAAGGCCUGUCCACGCAACUACGUGGUGACGGGCGGCUCGUGCGUGCGCACCUGCGGCGCCGGCACCUUCGAGGUGGACGACGGCGGCGUGCAGCGAUGUCGAACCUGCGACGGCGCCUGUCCCAAAGCCUGCGACGGCGUGGGCGUGGGCGCGCUGGUCAACACCAUCGCCGUCAACGCCUCCAACAUCGAGUCCUUCCAGAACUGCACCAAGAUCAACGGCGACAUCUUCUUCAUCGAGACCUCCUUCACCGGAGACGCACACUACAAGAUCCCGCCCAUGGACCCGGCCAAGCUGGAAUACUUCCGAACUGUCAAGGAAAUCACAGGGUUCCUGCUGAUCCAGGCGUGGCCCGAGAACCUGACGUCGCUCUCCGUCUUCGAGAACCUGGAAAUCAUCCGCGGGAGGACCACGCGAGCGCAACACAGCCUGGCCGUGGUUCGGGUCCCCCACCUCCGCUGGCUGGGCCUGCGUUCCCUGAAGGAAGUCAGCGCCGGCCGAGUGACCCUCAAGGACAACCCGCGGCUCUGCUACACCCGCAACGAGCAGUGGACUCGCCUCUUCCGGUCGUCCGACCAGACCGUCACCCUGAGAAACUUGGCCCCCCUGCAACUCUGCCAAGAGCAGAACCGCACCUGCGACCCUCAGUGCUCCUCCGCGGGCUGCUGGGGGCCCGGGCCCGCCAUGUGCGCUUCCUGCCGACACUUUGAGCGUAGGGGCCGCUGCGUAGCCUCGUGCAACCUGCUGGACGGGGAGCCCAGGGAGGUGGCGGUCCAGGGCAGCUGCGCGGAAUGCCACCCCGAGUGUUUGCCCACCAACGGGACGCCCACCUGUCACGGCGAGGGUCCCGACCGGUGUUCCCGCUGUGCCCGCGUCCAAGACGGCCCUCACUGCGUGCCGCGCUGCCCUCACGGCGUGAUGGGGGACGGCGGCGCCGCCGUCUGGAAAUACGCCGACGGCGAAGGCCUCUGCCAGCCGUGCCACCGCAACUGCACCGAGGGGUGCACCGGGCCAGGAAUGUCGGGAUGCUCCGGCGCCGUCGGGCACUCCACGCUCGCGGCGGGGGCCGUCAGCGGGCUCCUGCUCGUCGUCGUUCUGGCGUUGGUGGUCUUCGUGCUGCUUCGGCGACGGCACGUCAAGAGGAAGAGGACCGUGCGCCGCCUCCUGCAGGAGAGGGAGCUGGUGGAGCCGCUGACCCCCAGCGGCGAGGCCCCCAACCAGGCCCUCCUGAGGAUGUUGAAGGAGACGGAGCUGAAGAAGAUCCGAGUCUUGGGCUCCGGAGCCUUUGGGACCGUCUUCAAAGGUCUGUGGAUUCCCGACGGCGAGGACGUGAAGAUCCCGGUGGCCGUCAAAGUCCUCCGGGGGGCAACGUCGCCUAAAGCCAACAAGGAAAUCCUGGACGAGGCGUACGUGAUGGCGAGCGUGGACCACCCCCACGUGUGUCGUCUGCUGGGAAUCUGCCUCACGUCGUCGGUGCAGCUGGUGACGCAGCUGAUGGCCUUCGGCUGCCUGCUGGACUACGUGCGGCAGCACCGGGAGCGGGUGGGCGCUCAGUGGCUGCUCAACUGGUGCGUCCAGAUCGCCAAGGGGAUGAGCUACCUGGAAGAGCGCCACCUGGUGCAUCGAGACCUGGCGGCCAGGAACGUGCUGGUGAAAACGCCCAAUCACGUCAAGAUCACGGACUUCGGCCUCGCCAAGCUUCUGACGGCCGACGAGAAGGAAUACCACGCGGACGGGGGAAAGGUCCCCAUCAAGUGGAUGGCGUUGGAGUCCAUCCUUCAGUGGACGUACACGCACCAGAGCGACGUUUGGAGUUACGGCGUGACCGUGUGGGAGCUGAUGACGUUCGGGGCCAAACCGUACGACGGGAUCCCCGCCGGCGAGGUGGCGUCGCUUCUGGAGCGUGGCGAGCGCCUGCCGCAGCCGCCCGUCUGCACCAUCGACGUGUACAUGCUGAUGGUCAAGUGUUGGAUGAUCGACCCUUCCAGCCGGCCCAGCUUCCGGGAACUGGUCGUGGAGUUUUCCAAGAUGGCGCGGGACCCCAGCAGGUACCUGGUCCUGCAGUGUGACCCGCCCAGCCCGUCCGACAGCAGGUUCUUCUCGCGGCUGCUCAGCUCGGACGACGCCGACGACACGGUGGAUGCCGAGGAAUACCUGCUGCCCUACGGGAGCUCCGCUAACCACGGAGACCGACCCUGCCGCGCCACGGUACGGACUUUUGUCCCGGUGCGGCGCCGCCGGCGGGCACUCACCGCUCCCGUGCGUCCGCAGGCUCAUCCCGUGCGGGCCGACGGCGUCGCCAUGCGGUACAUCAGCGACCCCACCGGCAACCCGCUCGACGCGGACCCCCUCGCCGGACACGAGUACAUGAACCAGGCUGAGGGCGGGACGAGUAGCCGGCGUUCAGACUUCCACAAUCCCAACUACGAGGACUCGAGUCCGUUUUGGGACGCCGCCUCGCCGCCUUCCCGGCGGGAGGACGGGAAGGCCGGGCCUCGAGUCCAAGAGGGACCCGAAUACUUGAACACCGCCCAAAACUCGCUGCCCCGAGCCGCUAGCCUGGACAACCCCGACUACCAGGCCGACUUCCUGCCUCGGCCGGCGGCCGCCGAUGCUCUGUUCCUCCCCGCCGCCCAGAACCACGAGUAUCUGGGCCUGCCUGACGCAAUGCAGACCUCCACCUGCUAGGGGGUGCUGCAUCU